UGUACCUAUCAGAUAUUUCAGAAUUAGAGAAAUCGCAAGAAUAAAAUUAUUGAAAUACUUGAAUAUUAACAAGUUGUUAUAAUUUAUGUUGUAAUAGACAUUGAAAGUGCGGAUUAUGUUCUUUUUGUAACGAGUUUAGUGUGGUCUAAGUACAUUAAAAUUUUACAAUGGCUAACAACAGAAUUCCCUCGGGACCUAACACACCUGGUAGUCAACAGACUCCUACACAACAGGGUAUUAAGAUAUUCAUACAAAGAGAUUAUUCUGAAGGUACAGCUGUUAAAUUCCAAACAAGAUUUCCUCCAGAAUUAGAAGAUAGGAUAGACAGACAAACAUUUGAGUAUACAAUAGAGAAGCUAAAUGAGCACUUUGACAUGGCAGAAACAGCUGACUGCAGCACAUAUUGUGAGGGGUGCUUGGCCUGUCUCACAGCUUAUUUCAUAUAUAUUUGUACUGAGACGCAUUAUGAAAAGCAUCUUCGAAAGAUAUCAAAGUAUAUUGCCCAGCAAAAUGAAAGAGUGUACAAUCCACGGGGAAUUCAUUUAACAGACCCUAUACUACGAGGUCUCCGUGUAAUAGAAGUCACAAUUAUAGACUUACCAAACUGUCAGAGUCCAACUGGUAACUCCACUCAACUUCGGCACACUUGACCACCACAAGAAAAUCGGGAGUUCUUUAUGUAACAAUUAAAGUAUUGGUUUUAACGGUGCUUUAAAGGUGGGUUGUUUGCUUUAUACUUUUUAUUCAGUAAAUUAUUUUAAGUAUCUGGCAAUGUAUAGCACAUAUUUUCAACAAAAAAUGUAAUUUUAAGACAAUUUGUUAAAUUUAAAUCAUAAUUAUGGACAAUUGGAUUUAAAAACAUACUUCAUAAAGUACAAGAGUCCAAAUAAACCCUGCUUAAACCUUGAAGUACACAAUUAGUUAGCGAUAAGAACCUACUACAUGAAACACAGGUCUGCAUGCAAACCCUUAUCGCAUCAACACUGGUGAGCAGCAAAAGUUUGUUGCUUGAACAUUCAGUAUAUUAAAAGUGCUUUAUUUUUAUUAUUUUUAAAAUCUAAUAUCUCUAUAUAUAUACAUGAUUUUUAGUUACACAAAAAUUAAAAGGUGCUAGUUAAGUAAAUAGUUAAUUAUAAAUGUAAUGAAUGCAAACAACCCACUCUAAGCUAAGUUAAAAGAGACAUUUAAUUGUCUGGUUGGUUUCUAUUUAGUGUUGGUAUGUCUCUAAGACUGAUCACUUCUACUUUAUAUAAGUGCUGCUUUAUCUUUUCUGGACUAUUGUGAGAACCAUUCCAUUUCUUAGUCACGUGUUUUAUUUGUUUAUUUAUUAUUUGACAGAACACACAUUGAUUUGCAGUUUAAAUAAUAAAAUAUAUGGACUUUAAAAUAAUCAUAAUUUGACAUUAAUUUUGUUCAUCACUUCAUACUAAGCUAAAGUGAAUAAUUAGUAGGGCAGAUGCAGUUCUGUUGCCAAUUUAAUGAGCCUUUCGAUUCAUAUUACAUCUAUCAAGUUAAGUUUUAAUAUACUUUUAAUAGAAUCAAUAUGUUAUAUUCAAGUAAAUAGAAAAAUGCACCAAAAACCACACACAAAAUAACUUCACUGGAUUCAUGAGAAUUAUAGCUCAAUAUUAAAUUGGUAAUAAAUUAAGUAGUUGCAUUGACGGGACUCCCACGCCAAAAUGUUCUUCCAACACAUAUGAAUAGUGUAUAAUAUUUUCAAAUAGACACAUUGCUUUAAGUUGCAUUUCUGUACUUUUGUGUGUAACCUAUAGCUCGAGUUUGACUCACUUCUAGGAAAGACCUUUAGGUCUAUAUUUAAUGCCCUUGUAUUGUAAACAGUAUAUCUUAAUAGUAAAGACACUGUACAAUUUGUCUAUCUCUCAGUGUCUUUAUACUUAUAACAUUAAUUAGUUGAAAAAAAAAGAAACCUGUAUGUCAGAAACCCUAAAUGUUACUAAAUUUCAUAUAAAAAUAAACACAACAACAUGAUUUUACUUAAUGACCUAAUUGGCUCACAAUUGAGGCAUAGAUUUCUUGGAAAACGAGAUGGAAUGCUUUUGCUGAACAACUUGCAAUACAAGGAAUACAACUGCUUCUUGUAAUGUUAUUCAAUUUGAUUAUUGUGACUGAGUGAAAUUAAUUAAGAUAGUUGGUUGUUGGCACUAGUGAAAUUUUAUGGUGGUGAAUUUAACACCAUUAAUAAAUUAUUCAUAUGUGUGUCAAAGAAAUAUUGACAUAAAACAAUAGCAUUUAGCAUGUUAUAAUGAUGUUAAAUUUUGAUGAGUGAUUUUUUUUAGUAAAUAUUAGUGUAUUCAAUAUUUAUUGUAUUCAUUAUCAUGAUUAAUACAUUAUUUUAGUAUUUUAAUUAGUUGAUAGUAAUAUUAUUGUAGUUGUAAUAUAUUUAAUGUAUGAUAAAUGUUAUUUUAACAUAGGUUUUAUUGCAUUUUCAAAGUAGACUCUUUUAAUGUAAGUUGCUCCAAUCCCUUUCUCUAUAUAAAUUUAUCUAUGUUGGUUCACGGGCGUGGAUUUUAUAUUUAAAAGGCGGCACAAAUAGUGUGUAAAAGCAUGGGGAAAAUAUUUGAAUUAGAGCUCAUUGUAAAAAAGUUUUCUAUUAUUUAAAAAUGUUUAUGUAACAUAUAUUAAUGUUACAUAUUAAUGCAGACAAUUUGGGCAAUUUUCAGUGUUUAGGAUAGUCACAUAGUAUAAAGGUAUGUACCUUUUAUAAUGCAGUGCUCGGUUUUUAAUCCGAGGUGGGUAUGGUUUGGUAGUAGAGGUUCAAGGUAUGUUCAAUUUGAUUGGUCGAGUUUUGGUUGUAAUUUUUUAUAUUAAAUCAUUGUAUAAAUGCACAUUUAUUUCAGAUCGAGUGUAAUUUUAUUAUAAUUGUUUAGUUUUAAGAAAAUUGUUUAUUGUACAUUGACGUAAAUAUACAUAUUGA